AUGAAAUUAUCUCUUUACUUCGUAUUAAUCACAGCGAGUUGUGUUUGCGGGUUAUUCGAUAACGAAAUAACGCUAAAAUGCAAAGGAAAAACCUUCCGAAAUGUAACACUAACAGCCUAUUACCCCGAUUACUCCGAUCAGGACCACGAAUUCGGCUACCAGGAUAAGAAAGGACAAAAAUUACGAACCCUCCAGGACUACAUAGACAACAGAGCCGAAUACGUGACCCUAUCGAUGGACGACUCCCUGGGCAUCCCCUACGCCACCAAGGUCUGCAUCCCGGAGCUCAACAGCCACUUCGGUCACAGGAUCCUGCUGGAGGUGCGCGACUCAUCGCCGGACACCGCAGGAACCGGCUACACCAGAGCAGAAAUAUGCGCGCGCACCGAAGUCGAUAGCUACGACAGAACCGUCAACAGAAUCGUCACUUUGGUGUUCGUUUGA